AUGCAAUCUCCCCUCCCAUCCGGUCGUUCCUCCCUCCCCUCGCCAUCGCGCUCACGUUCCUCCCCUCCACUCGCCAUCGCGCUCACGUUCCUCCCUCCCCUCGCAAUCGCGCUCACGUUCCCCCCUCCCCUCGCCAUCGCGCUCACGUUCCUCCCCUCCCCUCGCCAUCGCGCUCACGUUCCUCCCCUCCCCUCGCCAUCGCGCUACGUUCCUCCCCUCCCUCGCCAUCGCGCUCACGGUCCUCCCCUCCCCUCCCAUCCCGUCGUUCGCCUCCUCUCCCCUCCCAUCCCGUCGUUCGCCUCCUCUCCCCUCCCAUCCCGUCGUUCGCCUCCUCUCCCCUCCCAUCCCGUCGUUCGCCUCCUCUCUUCUCUUUCUUCCCUUCGCUCCUCCGCUCUCCCCUCGCUGGCCGUUGUUCCUCUCUCUCUCCCCAUCGAUAUCAUUCUAUCCCCCUCGUCCUACACUGUCCCUAUUUUUAACCUCUCUCAGCCUCAAGUCCAAGGUCUCGUCGUUUCUCGCAGCUCUGCCAGGUCGUCGGCCCACCUUGGCAUAUGUGUGUGCUCUGGAUUCUGUGUUGUUGAUUGA